AUGGAUGAAUUGCUCGCACCGAUUCAGGAUGCCCUCGAAGGCCAAAUUGACUUCCACGGCCAACGUCUAGCAGAGUUACUGUCGACCGUCUUGCUGGUUAUCUCAGGGAUUGCCAGCUUCCUCAUCGGAUACAUCUAUAAGGACAUCCACCUUACGUUAUGGACUGGUUUAGCAGGCACACUGUUCACAGCUUUCGUUGUUGUCCCGCCCUGGCCGAUAUACAACCGCAAUUCGGAGAAGUGGAUGGGCUCACCAAACGCAAGAACAACUCCGGGUAUAACUGUGGACGGGGUGAAGGUGCAAUAA